AUGGCGGCUCAAACUCCCACUGAGGCGCUCAAGAAGCUUAGCGUCAACGACGCACCCGGUGCGGCUGAGAAAGCGGGCUCCAACGGCGCGCCCAGCGGUGCCAACGCCGAGCACGACGAAGACUCCGAUGACGACGCGGACGAGGUAGCUGCACAGGGCGGAGCUGGUGGCGAAUCCGGCGCGGCCAAGAAAAAGAAGAAGAAGAAGAAGUCCAAGUCCAAGAAGAAGAAGCCCACGGCGCAGUCCGACCCGCCCCGCGUGCUCGUGUCGCAGCUGUUCCCCAACAACACCUACCCUCACGGCGAGGAGGUCGAGUACCUGGAUGAGAACCGGUUCAGGACCACGAACGAGGAGAAGAGGCACCUCGAUAACAUCAACAAUGAUAAGACGGCCGAUUUCCGCCAUGCUGCCGAGGUCCACCGUCAGGUGAGGCAGUGGGCUCAGAAGAACAUCAAGCCCGGCCAGACCCUCACCGAGAUUGCUGAGGGUAUCGAGGACGGUGUCCGCGCGCUGACGGGCCAUUCGGGUCUUGAAGAGGGUGAUGCUCUGAAGGCAGGUAUGGGUUUCCCUACGGGUCUGAGCAUCAACCACUGCGCGGCGCACUACACCCCUAACGCGGGUAACAAAAUGGUCCUCCAGCAGGGAGACGUCAUGAAGGUGGAUUUCGGCGUGCAUGUGAACGGAAGCAUCGUCGACAGUGCCUUCACCAUGGCUUUCGAACCCCAGUUCGAUAACCUCCUCGCCGCCGUCAAGGACGCCACCAAUGCUGGUGUUCGCGAGGCUGGUAUCGACGUCCGUGUUGGCGAGGUCGGCGCGGCCAUCCAGGAGGUCAUGGAGAGCUACGAGGUUGAAAUCAACGGCACGACAUAUCCCGUCAAGUCGAUCCGUAACCUCAACGGCCAUACGAUUCUUCCUUACUCUAUACACGGCACCAAGAGUGUGCCCAUCGUGAAGAGCAAUGACAUGACCAAGAUGGAGGAGGGUGAUGUCUUUGCCGUCGAGACGUUCGGCAGUACCGGUAACGGCUACGUUCACGACGAUAUGGAGACCUCGCACUACGCUCGCGUUGGAGACGCGCCCAAUGUGGCUCUGAGGUUGAGCUCGGCGAAGCAGUUGCUUAACGUGAUCAACAAGAACUUUGGCACUUUGCCCUUCUGCAGACGAUACCUGGAUAGGUUGGGGCAGGAGAAGUAUCUUUUGGGUUUGAAUAACCUUGUAUCAAACGGAAUUGUGGAGGCGUAUCCCCCUCUCUGUGACAAGAAGGGCUCCUACACGGCUCAGUACGAGCACACCAUCCUCCUCCGACCUACCGUAAAGGAGGUCAUCAGCCGCGGCGACGACUACUGA